GUUGUUUAUGUAUACAUCCACAGCCAAGACCAAUUGCAGUUAGCUUACUUGCAUUGGGCAAGGCUUGUCAGACACAAAUCUUUGAGGAAGACAAUGGAAGAGAGUGUGAUUUCUGAGUUUGAAGCAGUUGGCAUUGCAGUUAAUGAUGAAGUGGCAUCAAAGUGUGCUGAACUUUGCAAGAUAUAUAAACUCUCAGAAGAGGAUGUUGUUGCCCACUGGGUGAAUGUGUCCAUCAGCAAGUUGGGAGGAGUUGAACCUACUGUUUCAAACCUUAGAGUUUUGGAAGAGGCAUUAACCUCUGAACAGCAGAAGAAGGCAAAUGUUAACUCCAAGCAUGCAUCCCCACAAGUGGAUGAUAUCCUUUACCAGAGGAAACUUGCGAAUGAAGAGAAAGAGGAGGCGGAAGAAGAGGACUUGCUGAACACCUAUGGCACCCCGCGUUCCUCUAAGGUGCGGCCUCCCUCAUCUUUCCCGUUUUUCAUAAAUCCAUCACAGAAGUACUCUUCGCGUUCCAAUGCCGGAGACGUCAUCGCAGUAUUUGGAGAUGAGUCUGUGCAAGAAUGGAAGCGCACGGAUGGCGUUUCCUUCACCAUUAAGUUAUUCUCGGAUGAAGAAGCUUUGAAGGAGCCAUUCAUGUACAUGCGACAGAGCGCUGCCGACAAAGCUAUCGAACUAGAAUGCCGUCUUGAUGCAAUGGUGAAGGCUUUGCAAGACCAUCUUCAUGUGGAUGGUUUCCACAACAUUCACCUCAAUAGAGAUGAAGAGGCUUGGAUGGCUGGCAAGAUUCGUUCUGACAUGGAUGGGAAGCUGAAUAAGGAAUCUCUUGUGCUGGAAGACGGCAUUGAUGGACUGGGCAUACCCUUGGAUGUAUCUGAAUUGAACGAAUACUCGUUAUUCCCAGGCCAGUCUGUGGCUGUCAAGGGAACCAAUCCAACCGGAGUAAGAGUAAUUGCUAAGGAAAUACAACUUGGAGUACUCCCUCCAUUGCCACAGACAGAAGUUCAUGGACCCGGAUUGUUAGAAGUAGUCAUAGCUGCUGGUCCAUUCUCUGUGGAGGAGAACCUUCUCAAUGAACCCUGGCAGGAUUUAGUCAAUUACUUGAGAGAAGCAAAACCUCACAUCCUGUUCCUUCUUGGACCAUUUCUUGAUGCCCAGAAUGCAUUAGUGGUAAAAGGGAACCUCAAAGAGCCCUAUGAAGUCAUCUUUACCCGCUUUGUUGAAGCCAUCAUACAGACAACAUCAGAACUUGAUAUAGAGCUGGCAAUCAUUGCAUCAAGCAUGGAUGUGCACCACCAUCCCAUCUUUCCCACUCCUCCAUACUCCCUGAAGUUUCCACUGCCCAAGAAUGUCCACAUCUUCAGUGACCCAUGCAUGCUUGAUAUCAAUGGAUUCAUCAUGGGUGUGACAAGCAUAGAUGUCCUCUUUCAUCUUGGAAAAGAGGAGGUUGUGAAUGGGAUGUCAUCAGAUCGUCUAUCACGACUCGCUCGGCAUCUCCUCCUCCAACAAAACUUCUAUCCCCUCUUUCCCCCCUCGGAGGAGGUGAACUUGGAGCUGGAUCAGCUACGUAUGUAUGGUGGCCUUCAUGUGAGACCUCAUUUAUUGGUCCUCCCAUCACAGCUGAAAGGCUUCAUCAAGGAAGUUGAUGGCUGUUGCAUUUUGAAUCCAGAGAGGUUGGCCAAGAAGUCUGCUGGUGGAUGCUUUGCACGAUUGGAAAUUGAUUUGAGCCAAGGGAAUGACUUCACCAUUCUCAAACACUUGCAAGGACAAGUAAAGAAAAUCUGAGUGUGAAUUAUAAAUUCUGUGAUCUUUAUUCCCAUGUGAAUACUUCCUUGAAAUAAAAUGAAUAAUCAACAUGC